AUGGCAGAUGAUAUCUAUGUUGUUGAAAAAAUUCUUGAUAAAAGAAUAUUAGAUAAUGAUCAAAUAGAAUAUCUUUUAAAAUGGUUUGGUUAUAAUGAAGAAGAUGCAACAUGGGAACCUGAAGAGAAUAUUUUUUGUAAAGAUUUAAUUGAUCAAUAUGAAUAUAAUAGAAAAUUAAAAAAUAUAGAAGAGAAUGUAAAUGAUGAAUGUAAACAAAUUCUUAGUGAAAUUUGUGAUGAAAUUGAAACAGUACCCUCAACAUAUCAAUCAAUGAAUGUGAGUACUGAUGAACAAGAAGUCGUAUGUUUUCAAUUGUCUACUGAUAUGUCUGUGACAACUACAACUACUGAUAAUUCAGAAAUUAUUGAUGAGAACUUAAUUAAUGAUAUCUCAUUACAUAAUAAUCUUCAUAAUGAAGAAGAAAAUGGUACAUAUACUGAACAUGGAGAAUCACAAUUAAUGAGUAACAGUCCUGAGUCAACAUUUGAUUCUAAUUAUAAUGGUAUACGAACAAAUACAACAUCAUUAAUACGAAAGAAAAAAUUUCGAUCUAAUUCUAAUGAUAAUCGAACAAAUAUUAGUGAUGAUAUACAUACAAAAGAAAUUGAUAUAGAAAAUAGUACAAUAGAUUAUCUUGCACUUGAACCUGAACGUAUUGUAUCAAUAACACGUUCACGUACAUCAACACAAGAUCUUGAAUUUUUAUUAAAAUGUACACGUUAUCCAACAAAAUUAUUUUUUAUAUCAAAUGAAAAAGCAAAAGAACUUAUACCUGAUUUAUUAAUUGAUUUUUAUGAAAGACAUAUUAAUUGGUUUAUUGAUCGACCAUUACCAAGACAAAUAUCACAAAGACAAAAAUCUUAG